AUGUCUUCGGCCGCUUUGCAGUCAGCUCCUCACCAACCGACAUCACUACCGCCACUGGAUUCUCACAUUUCCAGCCAGUACACCUCAAACCGCUCUCCAAGCCGAGAAGCUUAUUAUGCUAGAGAGAGCCAAGCCGCUGCCUCACCUGCAUCAUCUAACGGCCCGUCUAGGAGAAGCCGUAACACGGCGACCCAUCACGACCCCGGCCAGUCCUCUACAAUGGCAUCGCGCACUGCCUUGGCGUCGCCUGUCCCAGUAGCGACAGGCGACCAGACACCGUCGACUUCCUCCUCGAGCCGCCGGCGAAACGAGCAGCCCGUCCCCCCGCCGCGCACGUCUUCGAGCCAACAAGGCGGGUCCAGCUCCAGAAGAUCUGCCCGAGCAGAAGAGCGCGCAGCAAACUCACCGCGGAGAGCAGCAACCGGCGAAAGCAGUAGCAGCAGACCUGUGGCGAACGGCUACGAGGAUUCAGGCUCCAGGCGGCGGGCAGCGCAGCAAGAGUCGUCAAACCGGGGCAGCUCCCGGGACAGACAGUCGACCACAACGAUGCCUAUCCGAACCAACACGAACACGUCAUCCAAACAACCGUCGCGGGAAGCCAGUGAGGUAUUGAACCGAGUUAUCGUGUCUCAGCCCGAAGACGAUCUAGAGCGAGAACAGGAGAGGCUGGAUGAAGCUCAGCCGCACCAGGUGACACCUGGGCAAACAUCACACGACUACGACGACUCCAUCCCACCGCCGAUUGCUAGCGCCAGAGAGGCUCAUGAUGAUGGCAGGACCCGAAGAAGUAGACAUGAUCACUCCAAAAGAGAGAAGGCAUCCAAAUUUGGCGACUACUACUUGGGCCACACCAUCGGCGAGGGCGAAUUCGGCAAGGUCAAGCUGGGCUGGAAACAGGACGGUGGCGUCCAGGUUGCCAUCAAACUCAUCCGACGUGAUAGUGUUGGUAACAACCCAUCACGACUGGCUAAGAUCUACCGCGAAGUAUCCAUCCUACGCGGCGUUGCCCACCCCAACAUUGUGCGAUUACACGAAAUGACCGAAACGGAACGACACAUUGGAAUUGUGCUAGAAUAUGCUUCAGGCGGUGAACUGUUCGAUUACAUCCUCACACACCGCUACUUGAAGGACAAUGCUGCGCGAAGAUUGUUUGCACAACUAAUUUCUGGCGUUGGGUAUCUUCACAAGAAGGGCAUUGUGCACAGGGACCUGAAGCUGGAGAACUUGCUUCUGGACCGCAACCGGAACAUUAUUAUCACUGAUUUCGGGUUUGCAAAUACGUUUGACCCUCAUGAUGAACUGAGCGUGGAACAAGAGUUGGGCCUUGGCGACCGUGACUUUGUGAAGAGGACCGGCCUCGACAAAAAGAAGUCCAAUGGCCUACGAAGAGGAGACCUCAUGCAGACGAGCUGUGGCAGCCCCUGCUAUGCCGCGCCUGAGCUCGUGGUCAGCGAUUCGCUAUACACGGGUCGAAAGGUGGACGUGUGGAGCUGUGGUGUAAUUCUCUACGCCAUGCUCGCGGGCUACCUGCCUUUCGACGAUGAUCCCGCCAACCCUGAGGGCGACAAUAUCAACCUCUUGUACAAGUACAUUGUCAACACCCCUCUUACUUUCCCCGAGUACGUCACGCCGCACGCUCGAGAUUUGCUGCGACGCAUAUUGGUUCCCAGUCCUCGGAAGCGCGCCGACCUCUUCGAGGUUGCUAGACACAGCUGGCUGAGCGAGUAUGCCCAUGUUGUGGAACUCAUCACCAGCACUACCACCACGUCGAGUGAGAUACAAAAUACAACGGUCCCCGCCAAUGACGAAGAGCCGUCCGGGUUGGCACGGAGUGCGUCUGUGAGGGAGCCGUCCAAAUCGAAGCAAACCGCCGCCGCCAUGGGUGAUCUGGCCAGGAAACAGGGCACUGUCGAUCCCGACGAGCCUCCCGCACAAGGCAAGCAGCAGAAGGACAACAAGAGACGCACCGUGCAAGUUGAGUACGUGGCGCCGACCACGCAGACACAGCGUGGUGGUGAGGCAGCGAGCCAGGCUUCACCCCGAGGGAAGACUCGUGCUCGCUCCUCAAGUCGAGGACCGGUCGAGGUUCAGACGUCUCCUAACGACAAGCCACUCCCCAGGGACCCUCCAGUAACCAAGGACGCAUACAAUCCCUCGCCAUCCCACCGGACAAGACCACCGAGCUCCCACAAGAACACAAACACACAUUCCGCACGAGCCGGUCGUGACGGAUCUCGUGCUACUUCUGAACAAUACAUGACGACCAUCUCCGGGGCCAACGUGCCGAGACCGGCAACGGGAGGCUCAAUGCAGUCGACUGGCUCCCGGCACGGACUAGGUGCCGGUGCUACACGCGCUUCGUAUGGUCAACCGAUACCCCCUACCGUGGCCGGUACUAAUGCUCAAGGAAGGAUGUCUCAACCCAGUAGCGGCGCAAAGAACUAUGUGAUUUCGAACCCGAUACCCCAGGAGCAGCCGGAUUUGGACUUUGGAAGACCGAGCAUCAGUGCUGUCCCUGCGAAGUUCGCGCAGGUCUCAGGCUUUAGUAACACACCGCCUCAGUCCUCCGGUGGCGAGUCCAAGGGACACAAGCGUUCCAACACCAUCGGUGAGAUUAGCGACAAGAUCUUUGGACGGCGCGGAUCCAUCUUCGGUGGCCGGAAGAAGCGCGAUUCUCAGCAACCUUUAGAGAAGGCCAAUAGAAAAUAUCCUCCGGUUAGCAUGUCGAAUACCAUGUCAGGCGAGCCUGUUGGUCGCCCAUCGAUGGAUUCACGUGCCUCUCGGCGGUCAUUCUCCCAAACGUUAGGCCUAUCCAAGAAGCAGAGCGGAAGUAUGACUGGCUCGCAAGCCUCGCAAGAAAGGCCACCAAAUACCCGCCGUUUCUCCCUCAUGAAGGCCAUUGGCCUUGGCAGAGAAGCAGAUUCGCCGCCCCCCGACAUGUCCUCAUCGCAACAUCUCCCUAUGCAAGACGCACCGCAGACUGACGACUUCAGCCAGUACGCUGAACGGCCACGUAGUCGCGGGGACCACCUGCAGUAUGCUGAUGCUGCGUACGACGAUGAGCUUCAAACAUCCGGAGCGGUACCGCAGCCUUCGGCCACAAAUCCAGCACGACACCAGCGCUAUGCUCCAGGCUCUCGGCCAAAUGCAAUCCCUGCGUAUAUGCAGCAAGGCGCAGUGCUGAACUCAGGUUCCGAGUCUUCGAUUGAUCAUCCGCGACGCAAGCCGGUCCACAACGCCGCCCCUUAUCAAGGUGGAUAUGACUCAGACGGGCGGGCAGCAAGCCGAGGUCGCCUCCAGAAGAACAAGCGAUUUGUUGACGCUUAUGAUGGAGAGGACUAUGGUCGGCCGAACGACCACGCGGGAAGUAGCGGCGCUGCGAAGAGAGUGAUGGACUUCUUCAGGAGAAGAGGCAAGGCACGGGGCGGAGAAGCCUGA